AUGAUAGAAAGGAUGGGUGACAGAGCACAAUCUGGUUUUGACUGGGUAGCAGAAAGUAAUGGGGAGGUUCAAAACUGUGUGAGAAAGAAAAGGAAAUACAAUAAAUCAAAGAAAAAGGAAUACAAUGGAUGGGGAUCAACUUCCCUUAUUCAGUUUCUCGAAUCCAUUGGUAGAGACACAAGCAGCAAGAUAAGUCAAAGUGACGUCACUAAAAUUAUAAAUGAUUAUGUUAAGCAGAAUAACCUUGUUAAGCCUACAAAAAAGAAAAGAGUUCUGUGUGAUGUUAGGCUCCAGUUGUUGUUCGGAAAGAAGAGCAUUAGCCGGAUGAAUAUUAGUAAUUUGCUUGAGUCACACUUUUUAGAGAACUGUGGACAAUCUGAUGAAGAUCUUUUGUUUGACUCAGACGAUGAUGAAUAUGCAUGUGAAAUCCUCAAACCAGCGCCUUCGGAGAGGAAGAGUCAACCGAGGAAACAUGUUGUGGAAAAACCAAGAAGCUGUUUUGCCGCUAUUAAUCCUUCCAACAUCAAGCUUGUUUAUUUAAAGAGGAGUCUAGUUGAGGAACUUUUAAAGGACCUUGAAACUUUUGAGGCCAAAGUAGUUCGAAGCUUCAUAAGAACCAAGUCUGACCCAAAUGACUACCUUCAGAAAAAUUCACACCUGCUUCUGCAAAUAACAGGUAUAAAGAAGAGCUCAGGAGUGGAUGGGGAAAUUCGCUUGCAAGCUUCUGGUUUCAUUAAAGACAUCCGCAUUAAUAUGCUGUCAGAUGAUAAUUUCUCUGAGGCGGAGUGUGAGGAUUUACAUAGAAGAGUAAAAGACGGCUUACUCAAGAAACUUAAGAUUGUGGAUUUGGAGGAAAAGGCUAGAGUGUUGCAUGAGGAUAUAACUAAACAUUGGCUUGCAAAAGAACUUGCUCUAUUACAUAAUCUUAUUGACCGAGCAAAUGAAAAGGGUUGGCGUAGAGAAUUGGACGGCUACCUACAAAGAAGGGAGAAGCUUAAGAGUCCGGAGGAACAAGAACGGUUAUUGCGUGAAAUUCCUGGAGUUAUUGCUGAAGAUCUAGAAUCAGAAUCUACGGCACCAGAUGUUCCAGUUAAGAAACUCGAAACCAGUUUCCAAGAGUUUUCAGAGACUACCUGUACAGAAGCAUCAUUAUCAACUGAGGUCCCAAUGGUAGUUGCAGAUGAUUCUGCAGAUUAUUUCUCAGAUGAUGAAGAAUGGUUAUUCCAUGGGAUUCCCCAAGUUACUACUGGUUUUCUAGAUUUUUCAGAAUCCAAAUUACCAGAAGUUCCAGAUAAAAAGGCAGCCCAAGUUACUACUGGUUUUCUAGAUUUUUCAGAAUCUAAACUACCAGAAGUUCCAGAUAAAAAGGCAGAAGUUCCAGAUAAAAAGGAAGUCCAAGUUACUACUGGUUUUCUAGAUUUUUCAGAAUCCAAACUACCAGAAGUUCCAGAUAAAAAGGCAGAAGUUCCAGAUAAAAAGGCAGUCCAAGUUACUACUGGUUUUCUAGAUUUUUCAGAAUCCAAACUACCAGAAGUUCCAGAUAAAAAGGCAGAAAAUAAUAAUAUGCAAAGUUUCUGGGAAGCUACUUGUACAAAAGAAUCUUUAGUGACCGAAGUUUCAAAAGCGGUUGCUAAUGGUUUUGCAUGUAGGGCUACAAAACUGGAUCUUGCCGAUCAAGCUGAACAAGAAAAUGAGUCACCAAAGUCGAUUCUCAAUCUUAGUGGACCGUCAGAAGUUCCUCUUUUCGGCAUGGAAAUUAAUAGCACUGCGUUGAAUUGCACAUCUCGUGACACUUCUGCAGUUAACCAAUGGUCUAGCGUGUCUGUUCAACAGCAACCAGCAAAACAAACAAACUUCGCAUUUAAGAUGGAUGGUGUAUCCAUGCCGGCCAAAUCAAAUGAAUUUAAGAUCGGAGAUAAGAUCUCGCAAGCACCAACAAACAAUCAGGUACGGCCAGCUCAGAUUCAGGUUAUAGAACUGAGCGACGAUGAUGAUGAUGAUGAAAAUGAAAAACCAAGCACAAUAAAACCUGUUCAUGAAAAACCAAGCACCAUAAAACUUGUUCAUGAAAAGCUAAACACCGUAAAACAAGUUCCUGCUGAGGAGUUACAAUCCUUGAUCUGGCAUUACAGAGAUCCUUAUGGACGGGUGCAAGGACCUUUCUCCAUAGUUGCUCUAAAAGGUUGGAGGGAUGCUCACUACUUUGCUCCAGACUUCAAGGUUUGGAGGGUAGGCCAAAGCCAAGACCAAAGUGUACUGUUGAGGAAUAUUCUACCUAUAUUUUUUCCCUUUGGAUAA